AUGUCUUCCGCUAAGGUAUUUCUGAAGAGCUCCGAUGGUGAAACCUUCGAGGUCGAUGAAUCCGUCGUCCGUGUCUCAGAAACCCUCAAAAACAUGAUCGAAGAUGGCUGCGUCGAUGAUACCAUAACAUUACCAAACGUCAACUCCAAAAUUCUCCCGAAAGUGAUCGAGUACUGCAAGAAACGGGUCACACACAAUGGAUCCUCGAAGAAGAAGAAGGAGGAACUGCAGAAGUGGGAAGCGGAGUACCUGGACAUUGAUCAACAAGUGAUUUACGAACUCAUGCUCGCUGCAAAUUAUCUGGACAUUAAUAGAUUGUUGGAUAUUGAGCCGGAGAAAGUAGCUAGCAUGAUUAGGGGGAGAACUCGGGAGCAGAUUUGGGAGGUUUUCUAUAUCAAGAAUGAUUUUACUCCAGCAGAAGAAGAGGAGAUCCGGAAAGAGAAUCCCUGGGCUUUCCAGUGAGUUUUAUUGCUAAAGGAACGAGGUUGAAACGAAA